AUGAACCCCGAUUACAUUUCUCAGAUGGAGACAUGGUCACAGCUAGAAACAAUGAGACGACUGCUGUGCCAGCGGCCACCGAUUCCCGAACUACCUACGGAAAUACUCGAAGACAUUGACGCAGUCAUCACACAUCGAAACAAUAAAGCAGUGCUCACCUCAUCUACAUCAAUCCACCCGAGCGUUGUAUUCAAGCCCAACAAUGAUAAGACAACAGAGAAAUCGAGCUCCAAGGCAAUCAGUAUAUAUCUGUGGAGAGGCGACAUCACAGCUUUGACUGACAUAACCGCAAUUGUCAACGCUGCGAACUCUCAGCUUCUCGGUUGUUUCCGUCCGGACCAUCGCUGCAUUGACAAUGUUAUACACUCUGCUGCCGGCCCACGUCUUCGCGAUUCGUGCAACUCUUUAAUGCUUGAGCAAGGGCAUCCAGAGCCGGUAGGAUCUGUAAAAUUUACCCCGGGUUUCAAUUUACCAACACCAUGGGUAUUACACACUGUGGGCCCGCAAGUGAACUCUAGGAAGAGUCCUGGAACAGUACAGCAGCAACAACUAGCAAGUUGUUACAGGUCUUGCCUUGAUGCCACUGAGUCACUUCCUGCAUGUCCGGACGGCCGUAAGGUUGUAGCCUUCUGCUGUAUCUCAACAGGACUUUUUGCUUUCCCGCCGGACAUGGCCGCCAAGAUUGCUCUGGAGACCGUGAUACAAUGGUGCUUGGAUCACCCGGCAACAACCGUGACUGAUAUAAUCUUCGACACCUUCCUGGAGAGAGACUACGAGUUGUAUCAAGCAAAUAUUGCGGCGCUCAAGACUAGCUUUGCCUCCCCAGGCGUCCAGAUAUCUUUCCCACCAAGUCCACCCGAUCAACCCAAGGCACUCAUUACCCCUACCAUAUCCAAGGCGCGAAGCUGGCUCCAAGAAGCAGACUACCUAGUUAUCUCCGCCGGUGCUGGUCUCUCAGCAGCUAUCGGCCUCGACUAUACUUCUACAUCUCUUUUCCAAAAACAUUUCCCGGGGUUUCUCCACCUCGGCCUAGGACGCCUAUACGACGUGUUCGGAUUCAACGACUGGGACAGCCCGAACCAAAAAUGGGGCUACUACUUCCUCCACCUAAACAUGGUCCGGACCUGGCCGGCAUCAAAACUCUACGACGCCCUGCGUAAAUUCGCGGCCCACUUUGACGAUAGAUACUUCGUUCGCACAUCUAACGCCGAUGGCCAAUUCGUUGCCAACGGCUUCCCAGCAGAGAAGGUAUCCACACCACAAGGACAAUACAGUUUCCUGCAAUGCUUCGCCAAAUGCCGACCCGAUGCCGUAUUUCCUUCCGAUCCCUUUGUGGACGCCGCGUUACCCUUUAUUGAUCUAAAGAGCUAG